CUCCCCCUCUAAGGUCUCCCCCAAGGCCCAGUCCUGGCAGCCUUCACUACUCUGACGAGGACGUCAGCAUCAAAUACAAUGACCUGAUCCCAGCGGAGAGCAGCAGCCUCACUGAAAAGCCCUCCGAGAUAUCAGACUCUCAGGGCAGCGACAGCGAAUACGAGAUGGAUCCGGGCCGACAGAAGACCCACUCCUUUGUCAACCACUACAUCAGCGACCCCACCUACUACAACUCCUGGCGUCGCCAGCAGAAGGGCGUCUCCCGCCCUCCGGCCUACGGAUACGCCCAGCCCGAGCCCCUGGUCGAGCAGGAGCCCCGGCAACACCCUCCGCCGCUGCCUCCCUUGCCGCCCCUGCCCCCGCUGCUGCCCCAGGGGGCCCCCUCUCCCCAGCCCCAGGGCCAGGGCACUCUGUUCAGGCCCAAGGGCAGCCGGACUCCCACCCCAUCCCUGCUGUCCUCUGAACCCAACAGCCAGCACAGCACCCUCCACAGGCCCCCCAGCAGCCUGGGCUGUGCCUCUCAGGCGCCUACCGCAGGCUUCUCCUCUUUUGUUUGACACCCAGCUCUCCUACCCAUGACAACAAGCCUGGAGACUGACUUUUCCUUUUUCUUGUUGGUGGUUUACUCGUAUUUGAUUCCCGAUUGGUUGUUUUUUAUUUUUAUUUUUUAUAUACUAUUGACCGAGAGAAAUUGCAGGCAUCUUGGUAAGCAUUUUUUGCUCCCAUGUGAAUGGUGUGUGUGCGUGUGCGCGUGUGUGUGUGUGCUUGAAAGGCGUGCGACUACGUGUAGGUGUUUUCAGAAAAAGACAAUCAUUUGGAACGUUUGUGUUGCUUCAGCACACUUGGUUUCAAUUUGCGACAGAAGCUUGAAACGGGGAUGAAGUUCCUCGUUUUAAAACAACAUGUAUUUAUUGUAAUUGCAGCUUGUGAUGUGAGUGUUACUGUGUGAGGACGAUGGCCAU